AUUUAAAUGAGUGACUGGAAUUGUCAAUCAAAAUCACCAAUAUAAAUUCUCGCUUAUCCCACACCCAAAAAGAUGACACCUAAAGUUGCACCCGACCUCAACCCAGCUUCCCCAAAGAAAAGCUACCCAUGCCUCAACCCACCCAAUGCCUCCACCCGGCCUCCCAAAUGGCAGUCUCACACCUCUACCCACAACACCAUCUCCAGAAUCAGCUCAAUCAUCCAUUCGCAAUGCCACCUCCUUAGCCUCCAUCCAAAACAUCCUCUCAACCCUCCAUACACGCGAUGCAGCCAUCACCUCUAGCCUCCAAUCCCUCAUUUCAUCUCAAGCUUCCCUCUCCCGCGACCUCGGUCGACUCGAUCUCCUGCGCGCACAUCUUGGCACAAAUGUUAUACAUACCAGGGCGAUUUCCAAUGGAAUGCUGGAUAAUGCGGCCAGCACGGCCGAGAAACUCAGCUCGAAAGUGAAGGAAUUAGAUUUAGAGAAGAAGCGAGUCGAGGAAACAUUGGGCGUUGUAGAACAAGUCGCAGAACUAAAAGCAUGUGUAAAUGGCGUGGUGGGCAGUAUGGGUGCCCCGCAAGACUGGGAAGCUGCAGCCGGAUAUAUUGCAAGAGCAUCGAAAAUCCCAGUACAUAUUGUUGAGGGCAAUUUCGCGGCGAGGACGGUUCCAAGUGUCGAGGUUCCGGAUGCGCCUGGGGUGACAAUUGAGGAGGCGAAGAAAAGUUUGUGUGGAUUGUUUUUGAGGGAGUUUGAAAAAGCAGCAGAGGAGGGGGAUGGGGUCAGGAUUACUAGGUUUUUUAAAUUAUUCCCGUUGAUUGGGAGGGAAGAGGUGGGGUUGGAUGUUUAUGGAAGAUAUGUUUGUCAAGGGGUAGCAGGGACGGCGAGAAAGAAUUUGAAGGAGGGAACGAAAGGGGAGAGGGGUAAGGAAGGGUUUUUUUAUGCGCAGGCAUUGACGAGGUUAUUUGAACAUAUUGCGCAGAUUGUUGAGGGCCAUGGAGGGUUGGUGGAAAGACAUUAUGGCGCUGGGAAGAUGGUUAGGGUGAUAGAGAGAUUACAAGUUGAGGCCGAUGUACAAGGUGGGAUAGUUUUGGAUACGUGGGGAGAUGAGAAGAAUGUUGAUAGAAGGUUAACGGAUGUGAGAAGUUAUCCGUUUUCUUUCUUGGUGCAAAGUUUUCUACCAAAUCAAAGACCGACAGGAAUUUCGAGAACAGGCUCACCUGCGGUUGGAGGUGCAGCCAAUGGAAGGGCAAGUGAAGAUGAGGGUGUGGAUAUGAAAGAAGUGGAUGGUCUUCUAAAUGAAAUGGCUGUGAUGUUAGGGCGAUGGUCACUAUAUAGUCGAUUUUUGAGCGGUAAAUGCAGGGUGAGUCCGAUAUCAAUCCUUCAGCAAGCAAUUUCUAAACUAUCCCAGGAUCCGGAAGCUAGCCCUGAAGAGCCCUUAAUCAUGCCAGACUUUUUAGACAAAUCAGCCUUGAGUCGGAAAAUUUCAAAUCGUCUGAAGGACCCUUUUAAUGUUAUGACUACAUUCUUCUUUCGACGAUCCGUGGAGAAAGCAUUUCAAUUGGAUGAAUCUCCUGCAGGUUUAUCUCUCAAUCUAUCAAAACCUAUAGAUGGAAACUCCCCAUAUAUAAUUUCGGCUGUAGACGAUGUCAUGUAUAUUGUCAACACAGUACUCAAACGAUCUAUCUCAACAUCACAGCGUGGUGUAAUUGAAUCCAUCAUUCCAGCAGUUAGCAGAGUUCUGGGUACUGAUUUUGUAGGAAUGGUUCAACGCAAAAUGCGAGAUGAAUCCUACCCAAAACCACUCGUACAAGGCGGAUUUCCACCGGAAGACAAAAUUGUCGCUUUCAUCGUUCUAAUAAACAGUCUCGACGUUUCAAAUGAUUAUAUUUACCGAAUCGUGUCCAGCCAUCUUCAAUCAUCGGAAACAAGCGGUGCAUCUCAUGCUAAAGGUGCACCACCUGCUCCAGCACUUAAGGAUAUCUUCCCCUAUGGCCAUGAUGCUACUUUCGUUUCUAAUUCACUCACAAGCCUCAACUCAACGUUCUCAUCAAAAACCAACGAAUUAAUCAGCGAAGGUCUUCAAGUAAUGUUCAAUAAUGUUAUCAAACCGCGACUUCGUCUCGUUUUAAGCGAAACCUUCCGCGAUGUAGAUUAUUCCCUCACGUCAGAAGAUCUCGCGGAAAUCGCACGUCAAAAUGAUACCGAUGAUGAUCCUCAAGAAAUCCUUCAGGAUAUGGUAUCUCGCCGUUUCGAACAUCAUUGGGAUGCUCUCAUGAAACCUAUUCAAAGAAUUAUGUCUACAUCACCAUUUAAUACCCUACUAGAACAAACCGCUCAAUAUCUAGCAAGAGUUUUAGAAAGAAGAGUUUGGAACUAUAGUGGAAAAAUGAACGCACUGGGAGCAACUAGGAUGGAGCGAGAUUAUGGGGGAAUCGUGGGAGUAAUUGCUAGAGGAGGGAAGUAUGGAUUGAGAGAUGUUUUUGCAAGGGUAAUGCAAGUUGCUAUGGUAGUUAAUAUGGAUGAAGAGGAAUGGGAAGCGGUUAAUGUUGAGGGUGGAGGAUUGGGUGAAGAGGAAGUAGAGAUGGUAUGGGUUUUAACGGUGGACGAGAGGACGAAGGCUAGGGGGAUGGUUAGGGGGUGAUGUUCGGAACGAGGGGUUAUGAUUGUGUGAACAGGGUAUAUAAAAUCCCAUUUUAUAUGAGGAGUUGAGGCGUUGACAACUCCGUGAAUGAUAAAAGCUAUCGAGAUGAAGGGCGAGUCUGGAUGCGACAUCUAUCGGGUUCGCAUGAGAUAAAUAAAAUUAAAUAAGCAUUGAUACCAAAUUCAAUAGCGAUAUGAACACUUCG